AAUUUGAAGUAAAUUAAUAUGGGGCUAUCCGGCACUAACAGUUACAGAUUUUUACACAAAAUUAGUUACAACACUCCCUGGUUUAAUACUCAUAUAUUUGUUAAUUUGGAACCUCUUUAUUGGCCGUUGCAAUGGACUAAGCUGCAUUUUGGGGUCACGGGAAUAUUCACUUGCUUAUCUUAUGUUUUCUUUUCUACUCACGCCAGCUGUGCAAACUAAAAGCAGAUGUUUUGAUUAAGCCUGCUUGGAACUGCCAUGAAAUGGAUAAAAGAAACGCAGUAUUACGUCUCAGAUGAUGUCACGUUUCAGGUGACGAAUGGGGCGGAACCCCGCGCACCUUCAAAGCCGGAACACUUCCUGAACCGGUACCUCAGCCGUAUAUAAAACCGCAGCGCUUCUCAGCAGGGAGAGGGAGAGAGAGAGAGAGAGAGAGAGCGAGAAAGAGCAAGAGCUCGCGAGUUCACAAAGACUUAAGACAAAGCUACUACUGGACAGACUCAGGCAAAUAGGAGACGUGUUUAUAUCCACAGGCUGCUCUAGCAUCUCUGAGAAGGCAGAUACUGAAAAAAGGAAUAGAAACCUCUCACCACAUCUCAGCCAUAAAUCAUGAAUGAAAACCGUUUGGCUAUCGACAUUCUGCUCUUGUGUAUAUCCUGUGGAGCAAGUGCACUGGCAGCCUUCAAUCCCACUGCCUCUUCAUCUCUGCCAGCAACCAAUUUCACUGAUAUUGGCUCUGCGCCUCCGAAAUAUCUCACAGAGGCCGCAAACCUUCCUAAAACCAGACGGAAACGUUAUAUUUCCCAGAACGAUAUGCUCACUAUUCUUGAUUACCAUAAUAAAGUUAGAGGGAAAGUUUUCCCUCCAGCCUCAAACAUGGAAUAUAUGGUCUGGGAUGACACUCUUGCAAAAACAGCUGAGCAGUGGGCGUCUACGUGCAUUUGGGAGCAUGGUCCUCGCAGUCUUCUUAGAUUUCUGGGUCAGAACCUUUCAGUUCGAACAGGAAGGUACAGAUCCAUUUUGCAGCUGGUGAAGCCCUGGCAUGAUGAAGUGAAGGACUAUUCUUUUCCCUAUCCUCGAGACUGCAAUCCCAGAUGUCCUCUUAAGUGCUAUGGGCCUAUGUGCACUCAUUAUACACAAAUGGUGUGGGCAACCUCAAAUAAAGUAGGAUGUGCCAUCAACACUUGCCAUAAUAUGAAUGUUUGGGGCUCAGUAUGGAAGAGGGCAACAUACUUGGUGUGCAAUUAUUCUCCAAAGGGGAACUGGAUUGGUGAGGCCCCGUAUAAAGUAGGUGUACCUUGUUCCAUGUGCCCUCCGAGCUAUGGAGGAUCAUGCAGUAACAACAUGUGCUUUCCUGCCGUGAACUCAAAUUACCUGCACUGGUUCAAAUGAACACAGACAGAAUGUACAUGCCCCAUCACAGAGACACUGUCCCUCGUGGGAAUUUGCACAACAUUCCUGCAUCACCCUGUUUUUUAUAUAUAUAUAUAUAUAUAUAUAUAUAUAUAUAUAUCUCUAGGGCCAUAUAGGACCAUGGAUUGCAAGGCAGCAAGUUUUUAAAGACAUGUACAUAACUUAUUUUUCAGUGUUUAUACCAUUAUAUUGUAUUGUGUAUGUACCCAUUUAUAGGAAAUAGUUUAUUUCCUGAGAGGGACUCUACUGUGAUCUGUCAAGUCAUGAUUGGUGCUUACAGUAUUUAACCGUAACUGUAUUCCAAGAACGUAAUGUGCAGUUGCCAAAAUUCCCAUCAGGCCUUGUUAGCAAGUCUAACAUUGCACAAUGACUGUAGUCCCAGACUGGUCUUAAAGGGAUAGUUCACCCAAAAAUGAAAAUUCUGACAGAAUUUACUCCCCUUCAAGAGUCGUUUCAAACUCUUAUGGCUUUCUUUCAUCUGUGGCCAUUUUGAAGACUUUUUUUCAGCUGUUUUUGUCUAUAUUAAGGGAGUCAGAACAAAUUGUACACCUUAAACCGUAUUCAGUAUGCAGAAGAUAUUCUGUUAUGAUAGACUCAUUCUAAUGUCUUUCCAAACCUGUAUGACUUCCUUUCUUCUGCAGAACACAAAAAAAAAGAAAAUAAUGUUGAUAAUGGGAACCGAAACUACUACUACUUUUAUGUCCAACAUAAAGCCAGGAACACACCAAGCCGACGCCGAUGUACUAGUGGCGACGAAAGCAGACUGCGGGGUUGGCUCAUGUCGGCAGCGUCUGGGUCCAAAGUUGCCCUGAAACACCAAACCGACGCUCAACACCCGAUGGCCAAGUAGCACGUCCGUUCUGCGCCUGCGUAAGAAGAAAUGCUUUUCCGUACCAGCAGGUGGCAGUAGCUGAACAGCCAAUCAGAAUGAUCAGAUGGCCUGACUGACCGACAAGCUCUGACUUUGAUUCAACAUGUCAAAUCGGCCGAAAAAAGCCGAAGAGGACCAACUUCAGCCGACGGUGCGGAACACGCUGAGGAAAAUUUAGUCGGCCGACGAACAAAAACUACUCGAAGGCUGACCGUCGGCUUGGAGUGUUCCAGGCUUUAGAAACAAAGUCAUACAGGUUUGUAACGACAUGGGGAUAAGUAAAUAAUGACAGAAUUGUCAUUUUAGCAUGAACUAUCCCUUUAAAUCAGGGGUGUCCAAUCCUGCUGCUGGAGAGCUACCAUCCUGCAGAUUUCAGUUCUAACCCCAAUCAGACACACCUGAACCAGCUAAUCAAGGUGUUCAGGGUCGCUUGAUAAUUACAGACAGAUGUGCUGGAGCAGGGUUGGAACUAAAGUCUGCAGGACGGUAGCAGGGUUGGACACCCCUGCUUUAAAUCAUAUGAUGUCAUAUCAAUUAACCCUGGCGGUUUUGGUGCUUCAGAAGAAAAGUUAAGCUAGCUCUUCCUGAACUGGGACACAACAGAACUUCACUGGUUUGAAUACACUCACUGGCAUUCUUCGUUAUGCUUUGCUUUGGGUCUUCCCUCUUGGAAGGCCUCCACAUGCUUAAAGCCUACAAGCGUGUGCUUGGGGCUUAGAAAUCAUGGAUUAGGCAUAGUUUGGAAAAACCUCUGCAUUUUGCAACCCCAGAAAGAACAUUUAGUGAGAUGGCUAAUCAUGCUGUACCCUCAUGAAAUGUUGAGGCGGAUUAACAUGGAAACAUGUUUGAUGUGUAAGUGCACCUUAUAAUGUGUGUUUUUUUGUUUUUUAAAAUGUAUUGUUAUUUUGAAGGCUGUCAUUAUUUGUGAUUUUUUUACCAUUUGUACAUACAUUUACUAUGGAUUCAGCAGUACAGUCUCUACAAUGCAUGCAUAACAGUGGCAUGCUAUUGCAUUGUAUUGUGUUAAUUUGUAUUUUUUCUUUUUUCUUUUUUUUUUUUCACACAAGCACUUAGGGAAAUCUACCAGGCACUGCUCUGCAUAUGGAGGGGAUAGAAAGGGCUAUUUAUCCCUUCUCCUCCAUAUAUUCAUAAUGUUCAACAUGACUUCAUUUAUGGAAAUGGUAUUUUCUGCUAAAUUCAGUUCUGUAUAUGAUUUUUAAUGAUGUCAUAGACUGCAUCUCUUAUUGUGUUAAUGUGUAUUUGUAGACCUCUGAAAACUAGUUCUGGUGCUGGAUUUAAUGAGCAUAAUGUAAAUGUGUGUAUUUGCACCUAUUGUUAAGAUUCAAUAUACCUAAAUGACAACUGUAUUUCAUUAACAAUUUAUUUAUCAUCUGAAAUAAGCUGUACAUAACCAUUUUUUUUUUUUAAUACAAAUCUUUUUUUAAUAUAAAUUUUGUUAUUUAAACCUGUCAUUUUGUGCCUCAUUGCAAAGCAACAGAGUUCAAAGGUUUUGGGUCAGUAAGAUUUUAA